AUGGGCGCCUGCUGCUCAUCCGCAACGACCGCUGCGGAUGGUAUCGGGGCAGGCUCCUCGGACGUAGCCAGGAGCAGAGAGCUCGACAGACUCAUCAAGGACGAUGAGAGACGGCAAGCGAGAGAGGUCAAGCUUCUGCUGCUGGGGGCUGGAGAGUCGGGCAAGUCGACAAUCCUCAAGUCCAUGCGUCUGAUCCACAGCAUCGAUUUCACUGUUCAAGAGAGGGAAAGCUAUCGUCGGCAAGUCUUCCAGAACGUCUGCACCGGGAUGAAGCAGCUGCUCGAGAUCAUGGAGGAGCUUGAGCAGAAGCUAGAGCACAGAGACUAUGAGUUGUUCUUCUCACUCUUCGUCACUCUGCCGGACAUUGCUGAAGGAGAGGCCUUUCCAGCAUCUUACCUCGAGCCUCUACAGCUCCUGUGGAAAGACACGGGCGUGCAAGAAGCUCACAGCAGAGGGCCCGAGUUUGCCUUGCCCGACAACCUCCCGUACUUCUACGCCCAGCUUGAUCGUCUCUUCGAUCGCGACUACAUGCCGACAGACGCCGACAUCCUUCACUGCAGGAACAAGACGACGGGAAUCAUCGAGACGAUCUUUCCAUUGAGGGAGCACGUAUACCGCAUUUUUGACGUCGGCGGUCAACGCUCGGAGCGCAAGAAGUGGAUCCACUGCUUCGAAAAUGUCACGGCCGUCCUCUUCAUCGUCGCCCUCAGCGGGUAUGACUGCUGCCUCGUUGAAGAUCAACGCUCCAACCAGAUGUACGAAGCUCUCAUGCUUUUUGACUCGAUCUGCAACAGCAAGUGGUUUCUGCGCACCUCCUUCAUCCUCUUCCUCAACAAGGUGGACAUCUUCGAGGACAAAGCAAGCAAGUCUCCCAUCCGUGUCUGGUUUCCGGACUACGAGGGUGAGGACGGAGACAUCGAGGCAGCAAAGUCGUACAUUCGGACGAGGUUCUUGCAGCUGAACAGAUCGCAAACCAAGGACGUGUACUGCAGCUUCACCAACGCGACGGACCCAGCACUGCUCAAGAUCGUCAUGGCGUCGGUAACCGACACCAUUUUGACACGGUCACUGCGCGAUAAUCUCCUGUAA